GGAAAAUGGAUUACGAUAUUCAACAGCCAACAGUGGUCCAGCAGCCGACAGCAACACAGCAGACGACAUCCAUGAACACCAUCCACAUCCAGACGACGCCAGCCUUCGCGCCCGUCAAGCCUCCCAGAAACUGGAGCUCUGGAAUCUGCUCGUGCUGUGAUGACUGCGGCAUCUGUCUCUGUGGCACCUUCUGCCAUUGUUGCCUGCAGUCGCAGAACGCCGCCGACCUGGGCGAGUCCUGUUGUCUGUUCUGCUGCGUCCCCGGGGCGGGGACAGCCCUGAGGGUCAAGUUAAGGAUGCAGGAAAAUAUAACAGGAUCAAUCUGUAACGACUGCCUGCUGGAAACGUUCUGUGCCCAGUGUUCGACGUGUCAGCUAGCCAGAGAACUGAAGAUAGUCAGACAGUACCGAACGAUGAGUAGCGGAAUGACAGACCAAGGGGCGGUGACUGUGUCCAUAAACUCUUACGAUCAACAGACAAUGCAAUAUUAAAGAAAAAAUCUUUACAAAGGGCGGUAACCAUAAACUCGUUACUGACACGUUUGAUUUUUUUUUUAAUUGGUACAAAAAAAAUCAUAAAAAACUUUUUAAUAACAAGCUUUUAUGUAA